AACUUUUGACCUACUUCCUACUUUAGUUUUGCCAAAAGGGGCGGGUAGGUAGGAAGGUCUAUGAAGUGAAAUUAUAAAUUAUUGUAAACAUAAUCAGCUGCAGGUUUUCGGUUUUCGUUUCCAUAACAGCACAAAUAUGAUAAACACAUCAAAAAUAAUAUAACUUCUUCAAAUGCGUUCAUCGGUUAGCUACAUUCUGUCAAGCAGUACUAGUGAGCCCAACAUGUCUCACCCAGAUUAUGAACAGUAUUCUCAUGAUCAUGCUGCUCUUUUAGUACUAGUGAGACACAUAGGAUCUCAGCUGAAACCAAAAACCUUCAUGAAGUUCUUUGAUCGCAUUUCUAAAAUUAACAACGCAAAAAUCACUGAUUCUACUGGACAAGUUAGAAGUAUAUUGAUACGUUACGUGAAAGAAUAUCCCGUGGAAAAUAAUGACUGGGGUGAUUUUCAAACACACAGACGUUUGUUGGGAUUGAUUUCGCUUGGCAAGUACGAUUCUCAACAAGAAUUAAACGAGGUGUGCAGGGUACACGAAAGCUUAAAGGUGAAAUAUAAUACCACUUUGUUUGAUUCAAUAUGCAUACUUUUCGGUCCUACUAAAGAAAGUGUUACUCCUGAAACAGAUGAUUCUAGUAAUGUUGAUUCAGAUCCCAAAUCUGAAGAUACUUCAGAAAAAUUUACCACUCCUAAUAAUUUUAAAGCAAGGGCCCUGUUCUAUGAUGAAUCUUCACCCUGUUUGGAUCUGGAAACUCAGCUCAACGAGUUCAUUAAUUCUUUGUUUUGGGUACUCGAAUCGAAAAGAUUGGAACGGUCACGUGAGAAAUUAGAGCGUGUAUCUUUACUCCUGGCACCUUUUGAGAAAAAAGAUUUCGUAGGACUGGAUAUGGAAUCUAGGAACAACAAAAAAAGAUGUACGGGUCGUAUGACAAAACACUUAGGCGACCUUUGUAUGCAGGCAGGUUUAUUAACAGAAAGUUUGUCUUAUUAUACCCAAGCUGCUGAAACUCUAAAAUCCAUAAAUGACUGGUUAUGGCUGGGCGCCGCUUAUGAGGGCUUAAGUGCUGCGUCUGCUUUGGUUUUAUAUCCCGAUAUGCAACGUACGGUCCCUUUACAAAGAAAUGCCAGCUUACAAGAAGGUUCACCCAGGAAAUCUAGCCAGACUCCAUCCACUUCUGCUUUAGUUAAUAGAAAAUUAGUGGCAAAUACACUUACACCUGAGGACAUAUUGAAACGUUACCGCGAAGCUAUUAUUCACUACAGCAAAUAUCAAAAUGCUGGGAUUAUAGAAACCGAGGCCAGCUUUAAAGCAGCAAGGAUCGCCGUGGAGCAGAACCAUGCACUUCAGGCCGCUAGUUUCUUGCAGAACGUCGUGUAUAUUAAUCUGGCGUUAUCCGAGCAGGAAAAAAUUCAGAGGUUUGAAACUUUGGCAGACCUAUACACCCAAAUUGGGUUCCAGAGGAAAGCUGCUUUAUGUUUAAGACUGGCUGCUACAAGGUAUGUUUCCCCUCAAAACCCUGCACCGAACUGGGCCCGAUGUUACGCCUUGAUGUUACAAAGUCUACCCGGCCACCAUCUAACGCUAGACCCUGUGGAAAUGAGAACCUCAAACCAGGGUUGGCCGGCUUUGCAGAUUCAACUGUUACAAGAACUUGUUGUCGCUGCGAGACGUACUGGGCAUUCCGCAUUAGCUACUAGACAUAUGACCUUUCUGUUACAGACCAUGUGGCCCCAUUUAAGCCCCACCGAGCAGAAAGAGCUAGCAGUACAACUUCAAAGUCUCUCUGCGCAGUGCGAAGGUUCUCCGGUGCCUCUAGUCCUUGAUUCCGGGUUAGUGGUACCACCCGCCAAUCUCACCGACAUCCCAGUUUGCGUCGCUUUCACUCCAAAGGACCUACAGCCCCAUCUCAGACCUAGACGCAUCGAGAGCCUCAAACAAGACACAGGCCCCUUUCUGUUCACUCCGAUACAUUUCGGCGGCGGGAGUUUGGAGAGAAAACAGAACAAAGCUAAUUCAAAAAUGGAUUUCCUAUGGGUGGAAAACGAGGUUUGCGAAGUACAACUGAAACUGACAAAUCCUCUACCGUUUGAGCAGAAGGUGUCGAACAUGCGACUGUUGACCGCUGGCGUGGUUUUUGAAUCGGUACCGGAGACGGUGGUAUUGCCGCCGGACGUACCCACAUCGAUCACGUUAAGCGGUUGGGCGAGGGAGAGUGGAGAACUUGAACUGUCGGGGUAUAGCACGCAUGCUCUGGGCGUGAAGUCGAAUUGCAGGUUGCGACACAUGCCGCUGUCCUCAAAUUUCCCUCCAUUUUAUAAAGUGGAAGUAGUGCCGAGCUUGCCGAUACUUGAGGUAAUCACGUCUCUGCCUCAAAGCGCGUCCUUUUCGAAUUUCCAUGAUGACAACAUAGUGACGUCCGCCAGCAUAAGUUUAUACCACGGGGAGAGUACCCACUGCACGGUAACUUUGACCAACAUCGGCCAAGUGCCCAUCGAGAUGCUCGAGGUCGAAGUAAACAGCAUUUUGGAACCUACGCUUCAAGAUCAGAUCUUCAAGUGGGACGACGAAGAGGUGCGAUGCCAGUUACCUAUACAGCCCAGCAAAUCCGCGACCAUAACCUUAUACCUUCACGCCGCUGCCAACUUUCUGGCCCCGAACGUGCCCGUUUCUCCCAGUAUUCAGCACGACAUGAGCAGCGGAGUGUUCAGUAGCAUGUCGGCUUCCCUACCGCCCGGGGGAUCCUUGCCGUCGAGGUUCAACUCGAGUUUCCGUUCGUCGAAUUCGGGACAGUCUAGCAUCGCGGGAGGCCUCACGGCACUAUUCCAACAGCAGUCCGCCACGUCGGCUAUCGAGGGGCAGCUGAGGUUGCGGUACAGCGGUUCGUCUGGACUCGAGGCGGAUUACUGCAGGAUAUGCUCCGUUUUCUUCAUGGUGGAGAUGACGCCCUCUCUUCACGUCACGAAUUGGGAUGUUUUACCUGCAGAAAUUUCCCAGUUUUAUCUAGUCGUGGACAUAGCUAACUUAACUUCCCAAGAGAUGGAGCUGCAGUACACGUCGACUAAAACCAUGUUGAUAGAAGGCCAGGAGAGUUGUCGGGUGCCCAUUCCCGUCGAUCGUUGCCCUCUAUCCAAACUGUCUGGACUUUUCGAGGAGUCGAAAGAGUUCGAUACCGGAAGGAACGUUAUAGACGUUAAUACUAUCUGUUCCGAGCAUAUCACCGAUUUGGUAGACUUGCGGUGGAGUUUGUUGGCGACGGAUUCGAAAGGCGUCGCUUCCUUGAAAGGCAUAAAUUUAACGGCAAGCAUGUUGGAUAUUGUUCGUAUGUCGCCAUUGGAUUGGGAAGUUAAAGUGAACGGGGGCAUCGUAAACGCCCAGGAAGAAGUGACUUGUGAAGCUGGGGACUGCUUGGCAUUGCAAAUGUCCAUCGCGAAUAGUCUGGAGUGGGCUUUGAACCAACUCACGCUUUCCGUGCAGUUUUAUCAGGAUUACGAGAACGGGACGAUAAACGACAGGAUGGAGACUAGAUUAGCUAUGGCGGGUGCCACGAAGAAAAUAUUACCGUCCCUAGAGCCCAGGGUGAAGGCCAACCACGACUGCAACGUAAUAUUUUUUGCGCCGGGUUUGUACAAGCUGGAUAUUCAAUGUUCGGCGUCGGAGAGUAGCGCGUGUGGCACGGCAAACUUGGUGCAAAUGGGGCAUGUAUGGAAGUUCACGCCGCCAAUUUCUAUACAAGUUACGUAAAUUUAUUAUUUUAUUAUUUAAUGCUAAGCUGUUUAAAUCGUUAAAUGUUUUAGACUUAACUUAUAACUUGGAGAAUAUAAGAUAAUUUGGUCA